AUGACCGCCACAGAACCCCACCGUAUGCGCAUCACAACAGGCGGCAGCGUGGCCUCGUACACCAAGUUUGCCGUCAACUUCCUCAGGGAAAACCCCGAUACCCCGCUGGUACUGCAUACCUUGCCCGCAGCCAAGGACGAUGACAAGCAGCCUUCCUCCUCGUCCUCCUCGUCCUCCAAGUCCCCAGCAUCCACACUCCACCCGGCAACCCUCGCGGCCCCGCGCCUCGUCAGCGUGGCCGAAAGCGUCAAGCGCACAUACACGCGGCAAAAGUCCGCCACGGGCCUGUGGCAGUAUACCGAGAGUGGCCUGCUUCCCAGCGGCGGUGGAGAAGAGGCCGCCGGCCCGAGCCUCGCGCGCGUCCUGUCCGGCAAGCUCAAGCCGAAGAUGACUCACCGGCCCUUCCUCCAGAUCACGUUUUCGCGCCGCCCCCUCGGGCUCGAGACGGGGCGUAACACGAGCGUGCAGCACGUUGCCAGUCGGCGGGGCAACGUUGUCCCCGACCGUGGCCAAGUCGGAGGUCAAGGCACUGUUGCUGCUGGGAAGAACGUGGGAGACGACGCCGCUGCUGGUAUGGAUGUGGCGGUGGCGAGCGCGAGCGUCGUAGCUCCAGCAGAGCGGCCUGCAAAGAAGCGCAAGUCCAAUGUGGCAGAGCACGCUGCCAAGCGCGUCAAGACGUCUGCUGCUGUCUAG